AUGGCCCAAAGCCACGACAGCGUCAUGUUUAACCCUUCUUCACCUCACUCCUCUGUCGGCGCUGCCGAUUCCUUCAAGGGAACGCCUGACACAAGGUUGACCGCCUUCUCUCCGGAGGAAAGCGCCACGAGGUCCUCCCGUCUUCUCAAAUCAAUUGUGCCGGCCUCGCCAGAGACCACUCCCUCGAGAUUCCCCUCGAGUGCCUUUGGCAGUGUCAUGUCUAGUGCCGAAAAGGACCCAUUCAUCACUACAGAUUCAAACACUAGCCAUCAGAAGCUGUCGCCGACUGCCUCUACCUUUCAGCCCUUCUCUUCGCCACUGGACAGGAACGCUGAAUUCGCAAACCUCGACCGAGACAGACAAUCAGCUUCUAGCGUCUUUUCUACUGGAGUUAGGGAUGUUGGUGAACUCUCGGAGUGUCUCACAAUCGGCUCCCAAAACCGCAGCCUUGGCAUUACCGAUCUGAAUGCUUGUCUCAUGAAACUCCAGCGACUUGGUCUCUCGCUCCAAGAACCGCGACAGAUAUUCCACAGAGGAGGACAAAUCUCUGUCCAGUUCAAUGAUAUUCGUGACGCCGUUUUGGUCCACGACAACGUUUAUCGAGUCGAGGCUGACUUUGAAAUCGACUAUCUGUCAAAUGUCGACUUUUCAGAGCUUGCCAUUAGAAGCAGAGUCAAUUAUGGGGCUUGGGUCGCCGUAGUUGCUGUAGCUAUUCCCCCCUAUCCGCUCGACGUCAUCCGCACUGAAGCAGUUAUCAAGCGCAUGCUGCAGUCGCGGGGCCAGCUCUCGGCAUACCAUGUCCCGCAAAACAACGAUCCUUCGGUAUACAGAGCCAUCACUCAGUUCAGUGAGCAGGCUGAAGCUGCCACAGCCGUGGUUGUGAUCAACAACACGAUUGUUGAGGUAGGCUCAUCGAGCGCUGGCAAACUAUAUGGGGACAACGGGAUCCAUAUCACCCUGUCGCUUUUGGAUGGAAACGAGAUUCCUCACGCGGCUCAAGAUCCUCAAGACGGCCCGACCGACGACCUCAGCCCAUCCACGCCUCGGCAUGAUCUGACAAGUGCCCUUCAUGCACUUUCUCUCUCCAAGCAAGCCAACCAGGUGCCUCUCAUGCCCCAGGGAGUGCCCAUGCCUGUGCCCGGGUCGCCAUAUCCCCCUCUCGGUAUCCAGGUCUCUCCUUUGGCGAUGUGGCCCAUCUUGUGCCAGCCACAGUUUCAGCCGGGUACAGCAUACGUUCUGAAUGGUGGCCAGCGCCUCGGGGCGCCUACGUCUACAUCCAGCUCGGCGAGGUAUCAGCUCACGAACCAUUUCUUCUCACAGCCUUCACCGGGGAUGCCAAUGAUGGGGUCGAUGUCUCCCGGCACCAGGGCCGAGCCCCGAAGGCAGAAUGCAGCCAGAGUCAACAGAUCACCCUAUUAUAAUGUUGCUAGUCACCACAACCAUGUCGAUGUCAACCGCAUCCGUGAAGGAACAGAUGUUCGCACCACGAUCAUGCUUCGCAACAUUCCGAACAAAGUAGACCAAGCGAUGCUCAAGCGGAUCGUUGAUGAAUCUAGCUGGGGUAAGUAUGACUUCAUGUAUCUCCGGAUUGAUUUCGCCAAUGACUGCAAUGUCGGAUACGCUUUUAUCAAUUUUGUGGACUUCGUCAAUACCAGGGGUAACCAGAGAUGGAACUGUUUCAAGAGCGACAAGGUCGCUGAGAUCUCCUAUGCUACCAUCCAGGGUAAGGAUUGCCUUGUUCAGAAGUUCAGAAACAGCUCCGUAAUGCUUGAAGCAACGCAUUAUCGUCCCAAGCUUUUCUAUACCUCCAAUGGGCCCGUCCCAGAGCUCGCGGGAGAGGAGGAGUCCUUUCCAGAGCCAGACAAUCAGUCGAAGAUGAAGCGAAGCUGCGAGAACGCAGAACACGUUGGGCUUUUCACACCCAACGCUGGACAGCAUUUUCGCGACGAGCAACGCCGCAGACGCUCGCAGUAUGACCGAGGUACCAGGCUGGCCGCCCUCGAAGAACAUGACUUCGAAGCAUCUAUGCAGCCAUACAUGUAUCAUGCUUAA